GUAACGUGUACAAAUGGCAGCUUGCUGUGGAAAGAUACGUUACACUUUUCUUAAUAGUGCAACGAAGAAACACUAAAUUACAAAAAGUGGUUCAAGCACUUGAUGUGUUAGGAAGACAAUCACCAUGGUUAGCAUACCAGACUGGGCCAAAUUCUCUCGUCUUCAUGACUAUGAGUACUCCAAGUCGCACUCUAAUGACCAACGUAGCCCGUAUUACAAGAAGAGAGAGCAGGAGGCUGUCAGACAAGCUGAGCUGAAUGGUUACUUCAUUGUGCCAACCCAGGACUUCCUCAUUAACAAUUCUGCUUGGAAAAGAGGCAGAGUCAAGAAUAUUAAAUCACUGAGUCUGGUUAAGUUGGAUGGAGUACAUGUCAGGAAAAUUGGAGAUAUUUCAUACUGCAUCAAUUUGAAGAUUUGUAUUUUAAGCAACAAUUUCUUACAAAAGAUUGACGGUCUAGUGUCAUGUCGACAGCUUGUCAAGUUAGAUGUCCAUGGCAACCAGCUUUCAAGUGUGCCAGGAAUAGCAUUUUGGUCAGGCCUGAGAAGUCUGAAAUUUCUGUAUCUCCACGACAACCCACUUGGAAAGUUUGAAACUCUGUACAGUCUGGCUACGUGCCCUCAGUUAAUUGCAUUAACACUGUACGAUACACCACUGAGUAUUAGGAAGAAUUACCGACACCAUGUUGUCAACAGUGUGUGGUCGCUCAAAGCACUGGACAGUUACGUCAUUUCAGAUGAAGAGAUUAUCGAAGAUGCCUUGUUUGAUGGACCGUAUAGCACCAUGCAGCCCCCAUUCAGAAUAGAUUUGUCUAAACCAAGCGUUCAGGAUGCUGUUAGUACAAUUGAACAAGAAAUGGAGUGCCUUCGACAGCUGGAGUCUGAAAUCACCAGGAUCCUGGCCCACUGGUCCCCAAUUCACAUCAUACAGAGAUAUGUGCGUGGUUACUUGUGCAGAAUAAAACACAAGGACAAACUAAAGCAUAAGGCUGCAAAGAGUCCAAAAGAAAUAUUACCUGAUGAUGUUGUACCGCCACCACCAUCAACACCGAGCACUAUUAUGACCUUGAACCUGCAGGACUUUGGCAUUGUGGGAUCAUCAACUGACUAUGAUAUGUAUAUGCAGAACAGAAGGCCCGGCUCAGAUCUUACAGAGUCUUCACACAGGUUGCUAAUGUCUCAGGGCUUGCCAGGAACAUUUUCAGGCAUUGAUGAAGAUACUUUUAAUGCGCAUAAAAUGAAAAAGAACCUCAUCAUCAAUCUUUCCAAACUUCAGAGCUACACCUUGCAGACUCCUCAAGAUGAGAUUACUGCUAUGGAAAGAUUCUUUACAAUGGACUCACAAGACGGAAUGGUCACUGCUAGGUCAAAAGACGAAAGGAGAAAACAAAAGAAACGCAACAAAAAAACGAAACGAAUAAAGGAUGUCAGAGUAUUCUUUGGUCCUGUUGUUCCUAGUGUAAGUCCAGAUGAAUCUGAUCUGCCCAAUGAAGCCAAUAACAAGGAUCCUAAAACUAAUUUUCGACUGCGGGGUCGAAAGCCAAACAUUUUCUUUGUUGAUCCAACAACUGAAAUGAUUUUGGAUCGAAGAGAAAUUGGAAAAGCUAUACGAGAUGCAGAGUAUGAAAAUCACAAUUAUGUGUUAGAGAAAUAUGGUGUUCCUAAACUACCACCCAAGAAAAAAACAACACUAAAUCAAAGACUCUUUUCCAGAGUACACGGAACCAUGGGAAUGUCUUGCUUGUUGGCAGUCCAGAAAGCUUACAAAGAUCGCGAAAAGGCGGAAAAAAGUGCAGCUAAAAUGGAGCACAACUUCAGUAUGCGCCAAGAACGAAAUAGAGCAAAGGAAAGAAUAAACUUCUAUCACGAAGAAAGAAGGAACCAUAUACAGAAAAAGCGUGAUGAGGACAGAGCUCGCAUGUUGGAUGCACUUGAAAAACACGACCUACAGAGACUGAAUUACCUUGACAAGAGGCAGGAGUUCAAAAUCAAGUCAGUAGAUGUCACAAAGACCCUUCAAGCAGACAACACGUUUGUUUCAGAUUUCAGCAACCAGCAUACUUCAGUUUCCAUCGCUCUUCUCCGCCAUGAUAGGCAGACGCGAUCUGAAGAUCAGACGCUGGCCAAAAUUAACUUUGUUCAAAAUCGAAAGCAAAUUGAAACUGAUCAGUUAAAUACUGUCAAGAAAUUUUUAGAGCACAGACAGCUAAUACGUCAGAGUGAAGCAGCUGCUUUGAAGUCAGAUUUAGGAACCAAGAUGCUUCAAGAGGCAAAUGAGAAGAUGAUGGAAGCCAGAGCAAGAGUGGAGAAACUGAAGGCUCGGCAAGCCACAGUGCAAGCAUUCUACUCGCUACCACCUCGUGAAUUAUUACCCUUAGCAAUGCAAAGUUCAGGCAGUAAGAUGCAUAUGGGUUUCAAGACGCUACCUUCAGCACCUCUGACUCAAGCAAAUAGGCCACAUAUAGCUAUGGAAUCAGAAAAAAGACGGCAUACGAUGGUAACAUGAUGCGUCCACAUUUUCAAGCACAAUACUCUGUUUUCGAUUUCAAGUGAAGGGGUGAAUAUGUACAUAAUGAAGUUAAGCAUUUUGUGAGCAUGGUGCCUUUAACUGUGUCUAAUAUUGUCAUUUACUGUUGCAGAUAUGUGUGUGGGUAUGGUAGCAGUGUACUUUUAUCUCCCUUGUGUACCCAGGCACACAAAGAGUUUGCAUGUUGGUUUUGCACAGAUCCAUGUUUGAAGGCUAAUUAUUUGGCAUAGGAAGUAAAUUCUUAAGCUUAGUGAUAGCCAAGGAGUUAUUUUUAAAAAUGACAAUUGGUUUGUAAAUGGUUUAACUAUAAUUAGGCUUGGUAUUCAUACAUCAGGUUUUUCUUGUGACAAAAGUGGGGCGCAAUAAUUUUGGGCAAUUUUCAAACAAGCUGAUUUUGUGAACAAUUUAAUAGCUGAACCUUUAUUCAAAUAAGGGUUUUUGUAAGGUUUGAUGAGCAAAGUUUCCAUAAAUAUAUGUGUGAUAUCUGCCAACUCCCACUUGGGUGUGGUUUGUGUGGGUGUGAACAUGGUAAAAAAAAUGUACCAAAAUCAUGCAGUUUGGACACAUUAUGAUGAAAGUAACAAAUAUUUAACUAAAAAUAUUUAAAAUAAGUCCUCUUUAUAAUUAUGACCCUUUUCAUAAUUUCCGUGAGACUAAAACAUACUGUAGCUUUAUUUUUAAACCAUAGGUGGGCAUUUAGGAUGUCAUGGGCUGGUAUGCAUAAAUCUCAGCUGAAGAUUAACAAAUGUUACCGAUGUAAUCAACAUAGAAUAAAAUGAUUGCUUGUAGAACUAUAUUUGCUCCCGACUAUUGUCUAAUGCCAUGUCUAAUAAUUAUCUGCAAUUCAUGACAAAAUCAUGCGACAUAUAAUUAGUUGCAUCAUUUACAGGACAUGUAAUGGUUUAAAGCUUGUUAACUACUCUUGUUUAUAUAGUUAGCAGGAUAAGAAUUUUGAAAAUAUGUGUGUACCCUUUAAUACAUUUGUAGUAUUUGUUUUGUCCAAGUUUGAUUUCAUAAAAUAUAGAAUAAUCUUCUUUUGUUUUUUAAAGUUGAAGAGAAAUUUCAAACUUGUCAUUUGUCCAAUUAAUGAUUAAGCACACACUGUACCUUGGCAGUCCCUAUUAGUGCUCCACUUAAACAAAAAGCAGAUUCUGCUUCCAAGUCUGCUUUGGAUCUGCCUCAUGCCAGUGAUGGUGUAUCUUAUACCGAUUUUAAACACAGCAUUAACCAAUUUAUCUUUUCAACUUGGCAAGAUGAUUAGAAUGGUGCUUCAUUCUGUCUAGCCAGUCCUGGGAGUGGCACUCCUCCUAUAGGCGGUGCAGGAAAGAUGAAAUGGUCUUGUCAUGCUCCAAUUGGUCGUAGAUAUUGGACACAUUCAGUUAUUUUGGUGGAAGUGCAAUCAUAUUAAGCAAACUAGGAAAGAUAUAUAUAUUUGGUAGGAGCAAUGUGAACUUUUGUUGAAAUUUCUUCGUAAUACUGAAUUUUAUUCUAAAUUUUUAUUUUACCCAUCUGUGAUAUUUGUAUUUUUUGCACAGUUCUUUAGUGUUUUAUUUUAACUCUUUAAUUUUUAUAUUAAUGUUGAUCAUCACUUGACUUACCUUAAUUUGACACUCAAUAGUCAAUGUAUUUUUCAUCAUUCAGUCCAUAUGAAACAGAAUACUUGACAUUAUGUGUUGUUUAUUACUAUCACAAACAUUUAUUGUCUUCUUCCAAAAACAAUAUAUAAAUAAAGUACUUGUUCAAAAUAUCCAUUUACUAUAGGAUAUGCAGGAAUAACUGAAGUAGUAUACACAUACAUCAUUAAAAUGGCAAAAAAAGAAGAGGAACAAGAGGUACCCCUCCCUUCAAAAAGUCAAUGUUUCCUAGACAAACCAAGUGUGCCUAGUUCAAAACUUGGUUGAAAGUAUUCAAAUAAACAAAACUUUAUUGAUAUGAAUUAUUAUAUAUUAGAUCUAAAAACAUUUCUGCAAAAAAUACAGCCUUUCUGUACAGUGUAUAUUUAUUAAAAAACAAAAACAUUUUAAAUAAAAUAAAAAAUAAUAAUAAUAAAGCAUUUAAUUGCCUGUUACGAGUAUUAGAAGAGUUGAAAACAAAAGAUUCCAGUGAAUCGACAUCUGAUGUAACUGCUGCCAUUCCAGCUAUAGCUAGCCGUAUCUGAUCAGAUAUUACAUUAUUGUGCCUUUCUGUGAUAAUACUAAUGUAUAUAUAUAUAUUAUUUAUUAUUUUCAGGAUUUCUUUGUAUACACUUUUGAAGACUUGCUAAUAAAAAUAUUAAAACAAGA